AUGAUAAAUUUACACUCUUGCGAUGAGUAUUCUCAGUGGAAAUUAACGAAACGUUGGACGACAAUAAAUCAAAUACCUCCAAGUACACGAGUGAUGUUUUUAUUGAAAGAAAAGAACGAAAUGCCGGCGUUGUUCACUGAAAUGAACGAGCUGAAUCGAUCAGGUCGAAUGGAAGAAUGGCGUGAAACAGCACGAUGGGUAAAAUUCGAGGAGGAUGUCGAAGAAGGUGGCAAUAGAUGGUCAAAGCCACAUGUUGCAACCUUAUCACUUCAUUCAUUGUUCCAGUUGCGAUCAUGCCUUUUGAAUGGAGUUGUUUUAAUCGAUUCAUUGGCAAAUUCGAUGGCCGAACUCACUGAAGAGCUCCUUGAUAAACUUGUUGAAAACAAUCAGUUAGAAGAGUGUGAAAAAGAUGAAGUUCGUGCAGUUCUUUCUCGGCGACAUACUCAUCAAUACGAACAGGCUCGAGGACUUGGGAAUGGGAAUAGUGGGUCGCAAGGAGGAUUUUUAAAUGCUGUACGUUCCAUAUCCGAUAUUGGUAAAACGUUUUCACAUGGACGUAAUUUAAUGAAAGCAGCUGAAGAAGUGGAAGAACGUCAUAAUAAAGGUCAAUCGCCUAAUCUUCAACUACCAAAAGUGGGAUCCAUUCCAAAAGAUAUCUCUCGUGAAAACUCACAAUGCGAGAUAAAAGGUAAUUUACAUUUCAUGAAAAAAUUACCGCAUGGAGCCGAAGCAUCUAGUGUGCUUAUUGGUGAAGUUGAUUUCCUCUCGCAUCAUAUAACCGCAUUUGUUCCUCUUCCCACUAGAUUUAUUUUUUUACUUCUUGGACCAAGCGGUCAUUCUGCUCAAUAUCGUGAGAUUGGACGAGCCAUUGCUACAUUAAUGUCUGAUGAGAUUUUCCAUGAUGUGGCCUAUAAGGCUCGUGAUCGAACGGAUUUGCUCGAUGGAGUCGAUGAAUUCCUCGAUCAGGUAACUGUUUUGCCUCCUGGCGAAUGGGACCCAAAUAUUCGAAUCGAACCGCCAAAUAUUAUUCCUUCUCAGGAUAAAAGAAAACAGCCUUCCCAGCUAUUGCUUUCUGAAACUCCGGCGCCAAAAAAAGAUGAAAACGAAGAAGAGGGUCAUGGAAACGAUCCAGCUUUGAAGCGAACGGGUAAAUUAUUCGGUGGUCUAAUUUUGGAUUUAAAACGAAAAUUGCCAUGGUAUCCAUCAGAUUUCACCGACUCAUUGAAUUUACAAUGCAUAGCGACGUUCUGUUUCAUGUAUUUUGCUUUACUCGCUCCAAUCGUCACAUUCGGUGGUCUUCUUGAGGAGGCGACUCAUCAAAGAAUGGCCGCUAUGGAAAAUUUAUUUGGUGGUGCGAUUUGUGGAAUACUCUACCAUUUCUUUAGUGGGCAACCUUUAACAAUAAUCGGUUCCACAGGACCAGUGCUUGUAUUUGAAACUAUUGUAUUUGAUUUGUGCUCCUCAAUGAAUUUGGACUACCUCUCAUUUCGCUUAUGGAUUCAUGUUUGGACCGCUGCAAUUCUUUUUGUUAUGGUCAUGACUGAUGCCAGUUCAUUAGUUUCCUAUAUUACUCGUUUCACUGAAGAAUCCUUCGCAACUCUUAUCGCAGUUAUUUUUAUCUAUGAAGCAAUAAUGAAAUUAUUAAAAAUUAAGGAACAACUCGAUGUGAUCGAUUUUAGUGUUAAUGCAUCGAUGCGAGGUUGCCAAUGUAUCAGUAAUAAUGUGCCAAUGGAGAAGGUGGUUGUUGCAGCGCAUCGGCUUGGUUGGAAUGAUGUAAUCAUUAAUGGUACUAGCGUCGACUAUUCAGCAGUAGAAUUGGGUCGUUGUAAAAGUUUAUAUGGAACAUUGGAAGGUGAUGGAUGUCACAUUAUUUAUGAUAAAUUGUUGAUGUCACUCGUACUUAUGCUAGGAACAUUUUUCUUUGCUAUCACCUUUAAGAGAAUGCGAAAUAGUCGCUAUUUUCCGACGCGAAUACGCGGUGUGGUGAGUGAUUUUGCAGUAAUGAUUUCAAUAAUAAUAAUGACUUCUGUGGAUAUGUAUGUUGGUAUUAAUACUCCAAAAUUAAAUGUUCCAUCAACAUUCAGACCAACCUGGUAUGGUCGUGGAUGGUUCAUACCACCAUUCAAUGGUAAUCCACUUUGGACUGUUCCAGCAGCCUUCAUUCCUGCCUUAUUAGCAUGCAUUCUUAUCUUCAUGGAUCAGCAAAUAACAACUGUUAUAGUCAAUCGUAAGGAAAAUAAAUUGAAAAAAGGUUGUGGUUAUCAUUUGGAUUUAUUUGUACUUUCUUGUCUUAUUUUAAUCGUUGGAUUCUUGGGAUUACCAAUCUAUGUUGCUGCUACAGUGCUUUCCAUCAAUCACGUUAAUUCGCUUCGAGUGGAAUCUGAUUCUCGGGCGCCUGGCGAAGUAGCUCAAUUUAUUGGUGUACGGGAACAACGAGUUACUGGUAUAAUAACAUUCUUAUUUAUCGGAUUGUCAGUAUUGAUGACAAGGUUUCUAAGUCAUAUUCCAAUGCCCGUUCUAUAUGGCGUAUUUCUUUACAUGGGUAUCGCCGCUCUCGGUGGAAUUCAACUUUUCGAUAGAAUUCUUCUUCUGUUUAUGCCAAUGAAAUAUCAACCGGAUACGAUUUAUAUUCGUCAUGUGCCAAUUUCUGUUAUUCAUAAAUUUACCUUUUGCCAAGUCGCUUGUCUUGGAAUUUUAUGGACUGUCAAAUCAAUCAAGAAAACGUCUAUAGCGUUCCCGAUUAUGUUGGUAGUAAUGGUUGCGGUUCGAAAACUUAUGGAGAAAUUUUUUUCGGAAAAAGAUUUAAAAUAUCUCGAUGAUAAAAUGCCUGAUUUUCAUCUACGAAAGAAGGAAGAUUUGAGUAAAACGCAAAGUAUCGGAGAAGAUAUUGAAAUCGAUUUGGAUCAAAAUCAAGGAACAAUACAUGCGGUGAAGACAGAAGCUCAUUUACAUAUACCGACAAAUGAUGGCAGUAUCAUAAAAAUUCCAUUAGCUGCACUUCAGCAACCAUCUCAUAAUAUUAAUAUUUCGAAGGAAAUGGAUAAAAAAUUACCAACAGCGACUCGCAUACCAGAAGAAGAUGAAGAAAAUAUUUUGGAAGAUGAAGAUGCAAUAAUGAUUAAACUUAAAUAA